UUUUUUUUUAAACCUGUGUAUUCUCUGCCACACGGGGGACAUGACCUCACAGUGAUUUCCGUGAGCGUCUCUCAAGAAGCACCAGAGGCGGCUAUGGUGGAGGCGAGGAAGCGGCCCUAAACUGGCAAUGCCGGAGAAAGCGUGGAUGUACCUCCGCAAUCCCGAGUUUAACUUGGAAAGAGCGGCGCGAUUUUCCCGGCCAUCUGGUGGUCCCGGAGCGUGUGGGUGGUUGCCCAUUGCCAAGACGCUGCUCACUGUUAAUUCGGAAAGAGAAAAGUCACCGUUUUCCCACAUUUUUCUUGGAGGAUAAAACAAUAGGAAAAAUGUCCAUGUUCCCUAAAAUAUCGUUGAGACAUGAGGUUGAAAAGUAUCUGAAAGAGGGUUUUGUGAAUAAGGAGGUUGUAUCUGCUUUUGGAAAACAAGAAGCAGAAAGGAAAUUUGAAACUCUGUUAAAUCGCUUGUCACAUCCUCCAUCAUUCACAACAGUAAGAGUAAAUACACACCUAGCCUCAGUGCAACAUGUGAAAGAUCUGUUGUUUGAUGAACUUCAGAAGCAGUUUAAUGGAUUAAAUGUUCCUAUUCUUCAACAUCCAGACCUUCAGGAUGUCUUACUUAUUCCUGUUAUUGGACCUAGGAAGAAUAUAAAAAAACAACAUUGUGAAGCAAUUGUUGGAGCACAAUGUGGCAAUGCAGUGUUAAGAGGAGCCCACGUCUAUGUUCCAGGAAUUGUGUCAGCUUCAAAAUUUAUGAAAGCUGGAGAUGUUAUUUCUGUAUACUCUGAUAUUAAAGGCAAAUGCAAAAAAGGAGCCAAAGAAUUUGAUGGAACAAAAGUAUUUCUUGGAAAUGGGAUUUCUGAACUAAGCCGCAAAGAAAUCUUCAGUGGACUACCUGAACUAAAAGGUAUAGGCAUAAGAAUGACAGAACCAAUAUAUCUUAGCCCCUCAUUUGACAAUGUACUGCCCAGCUACUUAUUUUUACAGAAUUUGCCAUCUGCUGUAGUGGCUCAUGUUCUAGAUCCUCAACCCGGAGAGAAGAUUCUGGAUUUGUGUGCAGCACCCGGAGGCAAAACAACACACAUUGCAGCAUUAAUGCAUGAUCAGGGAGAAGUAAUAGCACUGGAUAAAAUAUCCAACAAAGUAGAGAAAAUAAAACAGAAUGCUUUAUUGUUAGGGCUGAAUUCCAUCAAGGCAUUUUGCUUUGAUGGAACAAAGGCUCUUAAACUCGAUAUGGUUAAGGAUGCUGAAGGAAAACCUCCAUUCUUACCAGAAUCUUUUGACCGAAUUCUUCUUGAUGCACCAUGUAGUGGAAUGGGACAGAGACCAAACAUGGCUUGUUCUUGGACUUUGAAAGAAGUGACAUCAUAUCAACCAUUACAGAGAAAACUCUUCACUGUGGCCGUUGAGCUGCUGAAGCCGGGGGGCGUGCUAGUCUAUAGCACAUGCACCAUCUUGCUGGCCGAAAACGAAGAACAGGUCGCCUGGGCCCUCCGGACGUUUCCUUACCUUCAGCUUCAGCCCCAGGAACCACAGAUUGGAGGGGAAGGAAUGCUGGGAGCUGGCCUAUCAUUGGAACAAUUGAAACAGCUGCAGCGAUUUGAUCCAUCUGUUGUGCCAUUACGGGACACUGACAUUGAUGCUCUCAGAGAUGCCAGGAUAGAAGACAUGAUUUGGCUGGCAAAUAAGGACUGCAUAGGUUUUUUUAUUGCAAAAUUCAUAAAAUGCAAAAGCACAUAGAAGAACUCUUAGAAGUGAAAAUUCUAAACGUUCACUAUAUGGUUU